GUUUCCGCCGUUGUGUUUGGAGGUUAUCCAUGUCGUGUACCGAAAGUAUCUUGUCAAAAUGACGAGCAACAAAAUUGGUGUUAACCUUAGGGUGUCUGGAAAUUCGAGUCAAGGUGGUAGGCGUUAUAUGGAAGACACACAUGCCACAAGAUUCAUUCGACAAGAUGGUAAAGACUAUGAGUUUGCCUACUUCGGAAUCUUCGAUGGACAUGGCGGUCCUGAGGCAUCACGGUUUGCGCGAGAUAACUUAUUGGAUGAAAUAACAAAAUACGGUGCAUUUUGGAGUGAAAAUGACGAGGACAUUAUGUGGGCUAUACGAAAUGGAUUUCUUGACACGCAUCAAGCCAUGUGGAGAGAAGUUGACAAAUGGCCGAAGACCUGGAGUGGACUCCCCAGCACAGCUGGCACUACAGCCAGUAUAGCCAUUAUCAAGAACUGCAAACUUUACAUUGGACAUGUUGGAGACUCGGGUAUUGUGCUUGGACUUGACAAGGGUCCUCCAAAUGCAGUUUUCAUGGAUGCCAAGUGCCUUACAAAGGAACACAAGCCUGACAGCCCGGAGGAGAAGUCUCGGAUAGAGAACUGUGGUGGUGCUGUGGUGGCCAAGUCAGGUGUUCAGAGGGUUGUAUGGAGUCGACCAAAGGUGCACCACAAGGGACCCAUCAGGCGCAGCACUCAGAUUGACAAAAUACCCUUCCUGGCAGUUGCCAGAUCAUUAGGUGACUUGUGGAGCUAUGACUACUUCAGUGAGAAGUUUGUGGUGUCUCCCGAGCCAGAUGUGGCGGUUCACAAGUUGGACCCCCAGCGACACAAGUGUCUGGUCUUGGCUUCAGACGGCCUCUGGAACAUGCUCAAGGCUGAGGAAAGUGUGGCCAUUGUUUCAGAUCUGGAGAUGCACUUCGAAGACAGAGUCGUCAAUGAUGAGACUGUUCCUCUUAGCUACUGGGUGAAUCCUGCUGAGCGCCUGGUUACAAGGGCCCUCAACAAGUGGCGAGCACGGAUGAUGAAGGCAGACAAUACAAGUGCAAUUGUUGUUCUUAUUGAUCCUCUUGGGCCGAGCAAGCUCAGCAUACUGAAGAAGCGGAGAGAGGAGGCCAUAAAGGCAAAGUCCAGCAUGGAGGCAAGUAUUGCUGAUGGCCACAAGGAUGACCAGGACACUUGUAGUUCAGAGAAGUCACUCAACACAGAAAAUGCUGCAGCUUGUGAGCCACCAAGUACACCCCAGCAAGGUGCUACUCCUCUACCUCCGACACCCAAAAGUGCCCCAGCUAAACUGAGUACAAGACUGCUAAAUGUUGGAAGGGACAGUGACAAGGAAGCAGACGAACACAAGAGCGAGUCCCGAUCUGGAAAAAGUGCUCAGAAAUUGACUCUUCCACAUUUGCAGUCUGAUGUGUUGGAUGAUAGUGUUCAGCUACUCGCUUCUCUAAAGACAACUCCCUCAGCAUCUGCUGUGCCUCCUGACUCGGGAACAUCGUCCAAACUACCAUCUCUUACUUCUAAUGGCUUUACCUCCAUUAAGGAACCCAACGUUUUACCUCUCCGUGAGCCAGGAAACCAAAAGCUUGGUCCUUGGCCAUGUUCCAGUUCCCCUGAUGUACAUCCAGUUGAGAGCUCCGAUACAUGGACAACCAAGAGUCGUGUUGAGAACGUGCGGACUCGAUCUAUGUCUGGGGGCAACUUACCAGCCCCGGGAGUGCUGUGUCAGCAGAAAUCCCAGGGUAAUAAUGACAAGAAUAAAGCCCCUCCUGCUGGAUGUGAGAGAGUUCUGAAGCCAGCCAGGCUGUCUGGAGCUGGGAAAGUGCUGCGUCAAGAGGGGGAGAAUCAUUUGCUCAGGGAUGCUAAGGGCAAAAAUGGGAAGAGGAGGCACCAGGACUUUGUUGUGUCCAAGUUGGAGGAUGUGAACAAGAAUAACUCAAAUGAUAUGAGUCAUUAUUGUACGAAACAGAAAAACAAGCAUUCCAAGGGAAUAGUCAGAAAAACAAGAAGGACUUUGCGACAAGCUAAAGAUGCCGCUAAACGUGCUAUGUGCCUUGAGAACAGUCUUUUCCUUGGGGGUAAAUGCUUGAGAAACCAGAAUAGUAGCAAACGAAAAAAUGAAGAUUCUCUCAAUGGGCCUGUUGCAAAACGACUAAGGCGAUCUGAUUCAAAGACGUUCCCCUUAUAGUCUAUAGCAGAACACUUCACUUCACCUCAAGUAUAUUUACUAUUUAUGGUGCUAUGGUAUAGCUACUUCAUAAUUCUUCAUGAGACCGGGCGGGGACUUUUAUGAUAUAACCUUACAGAUUCUGUAAGUGACAGCUUCUGUUAAAACCUCAUUUGGCAAAACAAGGAAACUGUAGUUGGUUUUAUUUACAUUUAUUUGCCUAUUUAUUUACCAUGUAAGAUAAUAUUGUAGAAGCUCACACGUUCAGA